AUGAAGAAGCAGCUGGAUAACGUACGAGUUGACAUGGAGACGGUCAGUAGUCAGAGUAAGAAGACUCAGGAGCAGCAAAAGCUUGAGUGUAAGGACGUGGAAGAGAAGGACAUUUUGGUGACGCUACAAGACGUUAAUGGACGAUAUCAGACGAUGAAACAAGAGCUUGAGGAAAAAGAGAACGAGGGGCCGAUUUUUAUGUCAAAGGUAGAAGCUUUUGACGUGAAGAUGCAAUUACAGCAAGAGACAAUGAGUGAGAUUGAAGAAAAAGAUGCAAUACGAAGUAGUGAACGAAAUGAAAAGGUACAAAAAGCUGCUGUUCGAUUGGCACAGGAAGAAGCACGUGUCCUGAUGUUUCAAGAAGAGAACAAUCGACUGAUGAAUCAAGUAGCAGAGAUGUUGGAAAAUCAACAACAACAGGAACGAGAUAUGCAAAUUUUGAUGAAGGAAAAUGAACGUUUACAAUUGAAAAUGGGCGAGUUGAGGCAACAACUUGGACGAGCUCAACAAGAGCAACAGGAUACAGAGCAAAUGUAUUUUGAAGUCGCGUCGAAUCUAAAUCACGCACGAAGGCAUCUUGACGAGCUGAAACAAGUGACAGGACACGAAGAUGUGGGUGAGGAUGUUGACCGUGUGCGCGAGUUGAAAACGCAGAUGGCGAACUGGGAGCCUGAAAAAGCUGCUAGUGCGGAGAAAUGGAUGCUAGAGAAGCAGCAGCUUACACAGCAGAUCGAGUCGCUCACGUCUGCGAAUGAGAAGGCUAAUGCAGAGCUAGUUAACGUGGCGCAUAUUCGUGAACAGUUACUUGUAGAUGUUGGCAUCGAUCUAACGUACGAGAGCAUUAAGUUGCUUUUUGAUACGAAAAAUAAUGAGAUUCAGAUGCUCACAGAUCAGCUCUCAACUGCGGAUGAUUUUCAGGAGCAGGUUAUUUGUGAGGCAAUUAGUGCUGGCGUUGCUGAAGCAGAAGCCCUACGGUCACAGCUAAAGACUCUCCAGACUCAGUAUACUUUUGAAGCUUCUGAAAAGCUUGAGCGAGAUAAGACAAUCGAGGAACUUCGCGCAGAUUUGGAACGGGUGGCAGAAGAACACUCAUCCUUGCUUUUGGCUAACGAAUACGAAUGUCGACGUGCUUGCGAAGCACUUGCGGAAAUUGAGCAACUAAGGAAGCAGCUCAAGAAAGAAAAGAUAGAAAAGGAGCAGCUAAGCGACGAUUUCUUUGUGAUUGAGUCCAAGAUCGAAGCGUUGGUUGCUGUGUUGCAGGUAGAAAAACGAACAUUUGCCGAUGUUGAUACCAAAAUCAGUGACCAUUCACGAUUAGGGAUACUUAAGAAGUACUUGGACUACGUUCAAGAACAAUAUGUUAGUGCAGUGAAAGCGAACCAAAGGCAAGAUGAAGCAGAAUUGCUUCAGAAAAGGAUACAUCGAUACGAGGUGGAGAAUCAGCUUGUAUCAGCGAAGCUGGAAGAGUGUGAGAUUGCACUCAAGGCUAACGCUGAGAAGUUUGCUGUAAGAGGGCUAGGUACCAGUUUUGACGCGGAAAAAAAAUAUGCACUUUUGGGUGAUGAUGCUGGCUCCGUGAUAUCAGCUGGCAAAACUGGUGAGAGUUGUAAUGGAGAUUCUCCCGGUCUUGAGCGUGAACUGGAGUUAACGAGGGCUCAGUUACACGCGGUUGAGGCAGAAAUGGCUGCGUGCAAAUCUGAGAAUUUGCGAAUGAUUUUUGAAGUAGCCAAAACAGCAGAUAGUGUAUCGAGGCUUAAAAAGGAUCACGAAGUAUUGCUAGGGACACAUCGAGAGAAAUCGUUGGAACUGCAAACGAUGAUAGUACAAUAUAUGUCAAUGGAAUCUGUAAACCAAACGCUUGCGUCCGAUCUCACGAGCAAGUCGGAUGAUCUGCAAUGUUGUCUUGAGGCCUUUGCGAUGCAAAGAGAAGACUUCCAAUCUAUUAUUGCUGACCUGAACAUUAAGGCCGAACAGGAGUACAACAAGAUAAAGCGUGACAUGGAGGAUAUAAAGGCCGAAAAUGAUGUUUUGGAGGAACGGAUGAGUGAGUUGCUUGCCAUUGCCGACAGCAGAUCUGAGCCAGAUGAGCGGCAAGAAAAGAAUCGCGAAGUCGAAGAGUUGAGGUCUUCAUUAGUUCAAGCUAAGGUGAACUUUUUGGAACAAAAGCAGCAGCUUUCGGCUCUUGAAAAGAAGCUUGUGGAUGUGUCAAAGCUGGGCAGUUCUACUUGCACAGUGAACAACGUACUGGACGCUGAGCGACGAGAAUUUGAGGCCGCUUUGAUUGAAAUGAUUGAGAUGGAAAAGAAGCUUCAAGUUGCCUAUGAAGCGAAACAGUGUCUUGAGUCUGCGCUGCAAGAACGUAUGGAGGCAAAGGCAGAACUUGAAGAUCGGCUGUCUGUUGCAGAGGACAAGAUUGCGGAACUGGAGCAGCAGCUGGAACAGAAGGUUGCUCUUAUUGCCACAAUUGAAGAGCAAUUGCGGUCAGUUGAAGAAGAACGAGAAAAACUAGCUGAUGAGUAUACAAAGACCAAGUCGAAGCUAGAGCGUAGUCGAGGAAAGCUGGAGGAGAAAGCAAUCGAGUUGGAGACAUUUAAAACAACGACAAACAUGCUAAAAGACGAACGCACUCGGUUGUUCAACGAGAUCGCCCUGCUGAAGGACAAAAUUGCGAAAUCUGAAGUCCAAAAGGCUGAAAUGGCUGAUUCACAGGAGCUUGCAAAUGAGGAGCUAGAAGAUCAGCUGAACGAACUUGCCGAUAAAAUAGCCGAGAUAGAGGCAGAAAAGCAGGAUCUUCGUGCACGACUUGAGGACACUGUUUACCAGUCUGAGGAGGAUAUUCACCAAUUGAGGGAGCGGCUCUAUAUACUAGAGGAGGAAAAGUCGGGCAUGGACGAUGAUAACUUGAAUCUUGAGAGGACCAUUGAAGAUUUAAAAGCAAAGCUUGGUACUCUUGAAGAGCAAAAAGAGAAGCUUGAAGCAGCAAAUGAGUCAAGCUGUCAUCAGCUUAUUCUUUUGGAAGAUCGAGUAGAGAAGGCUACUAGUGAAAUUGCAACGUUGUCUGUUGAAAAACACAAUCUGACUGAUUUGCAGCAGUCACUUGAGGGAAAUUUGUCCGCGCUUCAUGACGAAAAGGCGAAGCGCGAGCAGACACUGGAAGAAGCUACUUUGAAGCUACGCGACGAACUAGACCAGAUGAUUGUACGAGUUGGAACGUUGCAGACCCAGCUUACGCAAAGUGUUGCUGAAAAGCAAGAGUUAUCGAUAGCCUUGACGGGGCUUCAAGAGCGUUUUCAGACAGAUAAAUUGGCUCACGAAGAAGUUGUUGCAAAGCUUGAGCUACAGACCUCUGAAAACAAAGCUUUUGAGAACAAGAUAAGAGUUUUGAAACAAAUGGCGGAGAAAGCGUUACAGUCUGUACAGGCUAACCACGACAAGUUAUCUGAAGCUGAAUCGCGCGCGGCUGUUCUAGUCGAAGAGCGUGAUACGGCGGGUUUAUUGUUGCAUGAAAAAGAGCUCGCAAACAAGGCUUUGGCUACCCAAUGCGAAAGCUUGCAGCAGCAGGUUAACAAGCUGAAUAGUGCGUAUGAGAUCUUGGAACGCAAACAACUAGAGGAGGCAGAUGCAGCUAAGGAGACUAUUUGCAGCCUGACGGACGCUGAGGCCAAAUUAGUGGAGUCGAUAGAGUCGCUAAAACGAGAAAUGGCCGAAGCUGAAUCGUGUAUUAUGGUAUUGGUAGAAGAACGGGAUGAGGCGAGAAAGGAUCUAACCACUAAGGACUUAAAGAUCGAAAUGAUGACAGCCCAACAAGGAGAACUUGAUUUAGCGGUUGAAAAGCUGGAGAACGAACUAAGAAUUUUGCAAGGUCAACACGCAACAGAAGCAAAAGCGGCCGAGGAGGUAAUUUGCAAUCUCAGGAAGUCAAAUGCGCAAGCAGAGACAAGAGUUGAUGAUCUGAACGAGUCACUGCUUGAAGCAGGAAGGUCGCUUCAGUCAAUUCACCAGCAGCUAACCGAAUCUGAGCUACACGUUCGAGCGCUAGAGAAAGAACGUGAUGUUAUCCGAUCCUUUUUGACUGAAAAGGAGUCGACACAUGAGAUAUUGAGCACACUUCAGGAGGAUUUACAGAAGAAAAUGGAUGUCUUGGAGUUGGAAUUAAAGGAGUUACGCGAAACUAGUUCGGCAGAGCUGGCAGCUGCAAACGACACUAUCGCUUGCCUACAAAUGCUAGAGGUUGACCAAGCAGAAAAGCUAGCUGUUGUUCGUCAGGAGCUUGCAGAAGCUGAAGGAUGCGUAUUGGUUUUAGUUGAAGAGCGUGAUGCAGCGAAGAAGAUGCUCAGCAAACGAGAGUUAACUAUUGAAGUUCUUGGCGCUGAGCAUGGUGAGCUACAGUUGAAGAGUCAAUCUAUGACUACUGAAUUGGAUGCUCUACGAAAUAAAACUGCAGCGGAGGCUCGAGCUGCAGAGGUGUAUGUACAAAAUUUGAAGGAGGAACUAAGAUGUGCAACAGAGUCAUUGAAAUUAGCUCAAGAGGAGGUAGCGGCGUCAGAAUUGCGCUUGGCCUCACUGACUGCCGAAUUUGAGGCUGUUGGCAAAACGCUGAGCGAUUUCGACACUGAACAUAAGACCUUGAAUUCUCAAAAAAAGGAUCUUGAAGAGUGCAUCGAGAAUCUGAAAGCCAAGAUUGAGAAUCUGGAAACUGAUCAUGCGGCUUCGUUAACAUCUUCCGAAGAAGCAGUUCAUAUGCUAAAAACAUCUGAAGCUGAGCUAAAAGAAUUACUAGAAUUGCUUCAGAGGGAACUAUCAGACUCAGCGUUUCGCUCACAGUCUUUAGCUGAUGAGUGCGAUUGCUUAAGGGAAACCUUGAGCAAAAACGAAAAAAUAAUUAGUUACUCUACGCACCAGACUGAACAUUAUCAGCAACGAACCCUUUCAUUGGAAAACGAACUACAACAGAUGCAAAGACAGCGUGAGAGCGAUACGCUGACGGCAGAGGAGACGAUACGUAGCCUGCAUGAGUCGGAAUUGCAGACCGUGGCGACACUAGAGGCGACUCGCCAGGAGUUAUGUGAGACCCAGGCGCGAGCUGUGUCCGCUGAGGAAGAACGCGAGGCUGCGCGCAAGGCUCUAAGCGAGUUGGAGUCGCACCGUGAAUCCCAAAGCGCGGAGGCGGAAAGCCUGCAGAAGCGUAUCCAGUCACUGGAGAACGUGGCGACACUAGAGGCGACUCGCCAGGAGUUAUGUGAGACCCAGGCGCGAGCUGUGUCCGCUGAGGAAGAACGCGAGGCUGCGCGCAAGGCUCUAAGCGAGUUGGAGUCGCACCGUGAAGCCCAAAGCGCGGAGGCGGAAAGCCUGCAGAAGCGUAUCCAGUCACUGGAGAGUGAGCUACAAGAGCUGCGAAGCCAGCAGGCGACUCGCCAGGAGUUAUGUGAGACCCAGGCGCGAGCUGUGUCCGCUGAGGAAGAACGCGAGGCUGCGCGCAAGGCUUUAAGCGAGUUGGAGUCGCACCGUGAAGCCCAAAGCGCGGAGGCGGAAAGCCUGCAGAAGCGUAUCCAGUCACUGGAGAGUGAGCUACAAGAGCUGCGAAGCAGCAUCGUGGCGACACUAGAGGCGACUCGCCAGGAGUUAUGUGAGACCCAGGCGCGAGCUGUGUCCGCUGAGGAAGAACGCGAGGCUGCGCGCAAGGCUCUAAGCGAGUUGGAGUCGCACCGUGAAGCCCAAAGCGCGGAGGCGGAAAGCCUGCAGAAGCGUAUCCAGUCACUGGAGAGUGAGCUACAAGAGCUGCGAAGCCAGCGUGAGAGCGAUACGCUGACGGCAGAGGAGACGAUACGUAGCCUGCAUGAGUCGGGAUUGCAGACCGUGGCGACACUAGAGGCGACUCGCCAGGAGUUAUGUGAGACCCAGGCGCGAGCUGUGUCCGCUGAGGAAGAACGCGAGGCUGCGCGCAAGGCUCUAAGCGAGUUGGAGUCGCACCGUGAAGCCCAAAGCGCGGAGGCGGAAAGCCUGCAGAAGCGUAUCCAGUCACUGGAGAGUGAGCUACAAGAGCUGCGAAGCCAGCGUGAGAGCGAUACGCUGACGGCAGAGGAGACGAUACGUAGCCUGCAUGAGUCGGAAUUGCAGACCGUGGCGACACUAGAGGCGACUCGCCAGGAGUUAUGUGAGACCCAGGCGCGAGCUGUAUCCGCUGAGGAAGAACGCGAGGCUGCGCGCAAGGCUUUAAGCGAGUUGGAGUCGCACCGUGAAGCCCAAAGCGCGGAGGCGGAAAGCCUGCAGAAGCGUAUCCAGUCACUGGAGAGUGAGCUACAAGAGCUGCGAAGCCAGCGUGAGAGCGAUACGCUGACGGCAGAGGAGACGAUACGUAGCCUGCAUGAGUCGGGAUUGCAGAUCGUGGCGACACUAGAGGCGACUCGCCAGGAGUUAUGUGAGACCCAGGCGCGAGCUGUGUCCGCUGAGGAAGAACGCGAGGCUGCGCGCAAGGCUCUAAGCGAGUUGGAGUCGCACCGUGAAUCCCAAAGCGCGGAGGCGGAAAGCCUGCAGAAGCGUAUCCAGUCACUGGAGAGUGAGCUACAAGAGCUGCGAAGCCAGCGUGAGAGCGAUACGCUGACGGCAGAGGAGACGAUACGUAGCCUGCAUGAGUCGGGAUUGCAGAUCGUGGCGACACUAGAGGCGACUCGCCAGGAGUUAUGUGAGACCCAGGCGCGAGCUGUGUCCGCUGAGGAAGAACGCGAGGCUGCGCGCAAGGCUCUAAGCGAGUUGGAGUCGCACCGUGAAGCCCAAAGCGCGGAGGCGGAAAGCCUGCAGAAGCGUAUCCAGUCACUGGAGAGUGAGCUACAAGAGCUGCGAAGCCAGCGUGAGAGCGAUACGCUGACGGCAGAGGAGACGAUACGUAGCCUGCAUGAGUCGGAAUUGCAGACCGUGGCGACACUAGAGGCGACUCGCCAGGAGUUAUGUGAGACCCAGGCGCGAGCUGUGUCCGCUGAGGAAGAACGCGAGGCUGCGCGCAAGGCUCUAAGCGAGUUGGAGUCGCACCGUGAAGCCCAAAGCGCGGAGGCGGAAAGCCUGCAGAAGCGUAUCCAGUCACUGGAGAGUGAGCUACAAGAGCUGCGAAGCCAGCGUGAGAGCGAUACGCUGACGGCAGAGGAGACGAUACGUAGCCUGCAUGAGUCGGGAUUGCAGAUCGUGGCGACACUAGAGGCGACUCGCCAGGAGUUAUGUGAGACCCAGGCGCGAGCUGUGUCCGCUGAGGAAGAACGCGAGGCUGCGCGCAAGGCUCUAAGCGAGUUGGAGUCGCACCGUGAAGCCCAAAGCGCGGAGGCGGAAAGCCUGCAGAAGCGUAUCCAGUCACUGGAGAGUGAGCUACAAGAGCUGCGAAGCCAGCGUGAGAGCGAUACGCUGACGGCAGAGGAGACGAUACGUAGCCUGCAUGAGUCGGAAUUGCAGACCGUGGCGACACUAGAGGCGACUCGCCAGGAGUUAUGUGAGACCCAGGCGCGAGCUGUGUCCGCUGAGGAAGAACGCGAGGCUGCGCGCAAGGCUCUAAGCGAGUUGGAGUCGCACCGUGAAGCCCAAAGCGCGGAGGCGGAAAGCCUGCAGAAGCGUAUCCAGUCACUGGAGAGUGAGCUACAAGAGCUGCGAAGCCAGCGUGAGAGCGAUACGCUGACGGCAGAGGAGACGAUACGUAGCCUGCAUGAGUCGGAAUUGCAGACCGUGGCGACACUAGAGGCGACUCGCCAGGAGUUAUGUGAGACCCAGGCGCGAGCUGUGUCCGCUGAGGAAGAACGCGAGGCUGCGCGCAAGGCUCUAAGCGAGUUGGAGUCGCACCGUGAAGCCCAAAGCGCGGAGGCGGAAAGCCUGCAGAAGCGUAUCCAGUCACUGGAGAGUGAGCUACAAGAGCUGCGAAGCCAGCGUGAGAGCGAUACGCUGACGGCAGAGGAGACGAUACGUAGCCUGCAUGAGUCGGAAUUGCAGACCGUGGCGACACUAGAGGCGACUCGCCAGGAGUUAUGUGAGACCCAGGCGCGAGCUGUGUCCGCUGAGGAAGAACGCGAGGCUGCGCGCAAGGCUCUAAGCGAGUUGGAGUCGCACCGUGAAGCCCAAAGCGCGGAGGCGGAAAGCCUGCAGAAGCGUAUCCAGUCACUGGAGAGUGAGCUACAAGAGCUGCGAAGCCAGCGUGAGAGCGAUACGCUGACGGCAGAGGAGACGAUACGUAGCCUGCAUGAGUCGGAAUUGCAGACCGUGGCGACACUAGAGGCGACUCGCCAGGAGUUAUGUGAGACCCAGGCGCGAGCUGUGUCCGCUGAGGAAGAACGCGAGGCUGCGCGCAAGGCUCUAAGCGAGUUGGAGUCGCACCGUGAAGCCCAAAGCGCGGAGGCGGAAAGCCUGCAGAAGCGUAUCCAGUCACUGGAGAGUGAGCUACAAGAGCUGCGAAGCCAGCGUGAGAGCGAUACGCUGACGGCAGAGGAGACGAUACGUAGCCUGCAUGAGUCGGAAUUGCAGACCGUGGCGACACUAGAGGCGACUCGCCAGGAGUUAUGUGAGGCUCAGGCGCGAGCGGUGUUCUUUGAAAGCGAAUAUAAUUCGCUGGUGGUGGUCGUAAAGGAGAAGGAGGGUGUGCUGGGUAUGCUGCGUGGUGAGAAGUUUACGUUGCUUGGCAAGGUACAAUCUUUGGAGGCUCGCAUUGCUGGUCUUGACUACGAGCUGGAAGAGAGGGCAAAGGAGUUGUCGAUUGGAGCUCAGCAGAUCGAGAGGCUUGAAAGUCAAGUGGGUCAGACCCAAAGACAGCUUGGUGAUCAACUACGAACUUCUGAAGCUGCCUCAGCAGAAGAACUUGAGAAGUUGAAGGAUCAAGUAGCGUCGUUGUCCGUGGCGUCCGGCUCGGCCAUCAAAGAACUAAGCUUCCUUCGUGAACAAAGAGUGGCUGAGGAAGAAAGCUAUGCCGCAGGAAUUGCUCGAAAGGACGAUGUGAUUUUGACGCUGAAAAUGAAGCUUGAGGAAGUGAUGGGGGCGUACAAGCGGCUAAAGGGACACCUGAAAGAAUUACAGGACCGAUUGACGCAACAAAGCACAAGCAACGCCUACUUGAAGACGUCAAAUGAUGAGCUGAAGGCUCUGUACUCUGCUUCUACGAUGGAGCUAGAUGCGUUAAAAGCCGAGUUUGCUUUGUUCCGUGCACAACCAGUUGCAAUGGAAGAAGAACUGCGCCAAUCAAAUGAAAAAAUUGCACAAUACGAAACCCAGAUCGAAGACUUCAAGAAGCGUGUAGUAGCGUAUGAUGACGAAGUUGCUCAGGUGCAGAAGCAACAGGAUAUGGCGUUGCACGAUCAAAAAGAGAAGCUACUGAUGGCUUUUGCUGCGCGUGACGAGGCCGCGCAAUUGAAGGUGGUGAAGCUAGAGAAGUCACUUGUGGUGCUGACUGAAUCUGUUGAGCAAAAAGAACAUGAGAUACAAAGCAUGGCAGAACGCUUGCGGCAUAUUGAACAGGAGCAAGUCAAAGCUGGAAGUGACCAGGAGGAAAAAGUCCGAAAAUAUGAAGCCGAACGGAUGGAGCUUGUAGCACAAUUGUCUUCUGCAAGUGAGACCAUUGAGAAGCUCAGCUUAGCAACUGACGCUAGCGUUAGUAUAGAACGUGAAACCAUGUCACAGCUUGCUAAACAGAUUACGCAACUUGAAUUGGAAGUGAAAGUUCAGACGGAGGGAGCUAAUGCUGCACGUGUAGCACUUGAAACGUACAAGAAACGCGCCCAUAUCGCAUUAAAGAAGGCGUUGAGUGAAAACAAGCUAAAUUUGAAGAAGGCUGCCGAGAGCGCGAUGAAGUUGGAGAACGAGGUACUGUUGGCAAAGGGUCGAAUAAGCAUCCUUAAAAUAGAGUUGGAGGAGGCACGAAGACGUAUGGUGGAAAUUGAGAGUGCUGGAGACAUACUUGCGCAGAACACAUGCAAAGCUCUAGAGGCUGACAAACGUUCUCAGGAGGCUGUCCGGCAAUUAGAAAUUGACAGCCUCAAGGCGGAAGUGAGACAGUUAAAGGAAGCAUUGGACAGUGAAAAGGUGCGUCUUGAGUUUCAAAUGAAGCAGCUCACGGAACGCAAUGGAGCUUUGAAUAACGAGAUUGCUUCACUUCAAGACGAAGUUCGUAUUCAAAACACUGUUGCUGAGGAGGCCGUCCGAGCGAAGGAAAAAGAGAUAUACGACUUGUCAAAGCAAUUGCAUGCUGCACUUGCUGCUGUCGCAUCUCUCGCUAGCAAUGAAGCUGGAGGACGUCAUUCGAGCUCUCCUCCUCCUUUGUCACCGAUUGAAAAAGAGAGACGCUCUACGGUAUCUUCGACGCACUCGUUUGGAUCUGAAAGAAACAAUAGUUUUUUCGAAGAGCAGCGUAAUCAUCACCUUGCUGCUGCUGUUGAGGAUUUGUGUCCUAUUUCCCUUGCGUCAAAGAUGACAGGUCCCAAUUGCGUGGAACAGCAUUUAACGGCUCCAGUGGAUGAUGACAACGACGAGAUUGUGAGCUUGAAACGAUUACUGCAGGAGAUGGAGUCCAAGUCCAUUGUCUUUCAAAAAAAGUAUGAAGACGCAUGUGCAUUGCUAGAACAAGCCCAUCGACAGAACGAGCAUUUUGGAAAGCAUUCGGCACAGGAUCUGAACAUUGAGUAUUUGAAGAAUGUGGUGAUCAAGUACAUUGCGAGUCAAGUCCGGAGUGAAAAAGACCAGUUAGUGCCUGUUAUUGCGGCAUUGCUUCAUUUUAGUCCACAAGAACAUCAUCAAGUGAUGGUCGCACACCGAAAGACAAGUGACGAGAGUGGAGGAUUAUUUGGUGGUGUGUUUUCUCUGUUUGGAGCAAGCACCAUGACCACAUCAGUGCCAAAACCUCUACAUUAUUACAAGCCUUCUUCGUCUACAAUUGGAAGCGACAAGAUAUCCGAAACUGCAGUGGACAGCAAGGAAAAGAAUGGCAUUCUUGCAUCUAGUAAUGCUGAUCCAAGUGAUGACGAAAACUUUGUGAUACCUUUGAAUCCAUUUGCUGUCUAG